AAUAUUUUUAUUUGUUUUAACGUGUAUUAAAAUGUAUUCAAACAUAAAUAUUUAACGAUAGAAUUCUUUCGUUCGUGUAAUUAGUCUAGAAAUUGCUUCAGAAAAGUCAGGCUAAAAAUGUCCCGAGCGCAGUCGCCAUUUUUACCUUGACAGCGGAAGUCUUCUUCUCUGAGGGCUCGCGGAAAUGUGCGCGUUACGGCUGAGGAAAAAAGGCGGGGAAUUUGAAGUUAAGGAAAGCUACUGGUGACCAUGUUCUACACGCAGCUGUUUACGUCCAAAAGAGGCUCUCUGGCUAAAAUCUGGCUGGCUGCGCACUGGGAGAGAAAGCUCACCAAGCCUCAUGUGUUUGAAUGCAAUCUGGAAGUAACCGUGAGGGAAAUCCUUUCCCCAAAGAUGAAGGUUGGUUUACGGACUUCCGGUCAUCUGCUCAUCGGUCUGGUCAGAAUUUACUCCAGAAAGGCAAAGUAUCUCCUGGCUGACUGUACUAUUGCCCUGGGGAAAAUCAGCACUUCCUUCAGGCCAGAUCAGACAGAUAUGUGCGUGGGGCGGCUGGAGGCCAGAGUCAAAGAAAUCACCUUGACUGAGGACUUCACUGCCUUUGAUGUUGAACUGCCACACCCCUGCGACAUCGAUAUAGUGGAAGAUUUUUCAUUAAACCAAUGUCGAUCAGAGGAAAUCACUCUGAAAGAGGAUUUUGGAAACAACUUUUUGACAUUGGCAGACAUUGGUAUUGGUAGUGACUCUAUGGUCCCAUCAAACACUGUGCUGGACAGAAGCUUUGAAGCCUUUGCACACCAUGAUGAUGCAUUUGGAGAUGAGGACAAAGGAUUAGACCUUCUUGACUUCCUGGGAAUGUCCAGUGAGCCCACAGACCUCAUGGAGGAGCUGACACAACAAACUCCUGAGAGUCCGUCUCCAAAUGAGCUCCAGAAUCAAAGCGCCGCUCCUGAAGGAGAUCUCAUGGAGGCGGAGACUCCUACACCAAAUCAGAACACGCCGCUCGCUGACAUGGAGGCGGAGACUCCUACACCACAUCAGAGCACGCUGCUCGCUGACAUGGAGGUUGCGUUCGCCCUGGAACCUGUGGCCAUGACUCCAAACUCAGAAAAGAGAGUUGGGAAGAGAAAACGCAAGUUACUGGUGGACCAGGCCAAAGAUUUGAGCAACAACUUCAUCAGAAAGCAGCUGUCGGACUUCUCUGACCUGGUGGCUGCUUUGGACAUGGCCCCGCCCACCGUCCAGCUCAUGUACUGGAAGGAGAGCGGAUCCGUCAACAAACUCUUCUCCCAGCCGUGCUCCGCUGUGCUCGGUCCACAAAUAAACCAACUCUUUGUUAAAAACUCCCUCAACCAGAGUUACUCCAAGCCACGAGGAGAGGUGGAGGAGAUGCGCCAAGACGGAGAAAAAAUUCAGAGUGACCGCAGCAGCCUCAGCUCGGACAACAGUGUCAGAGAUUCAUGGAUCAACCCGGAUAACACUCGCACUGAGCUGACUCCUCUCCACGACACAAACCACAACCAGGAGGGUCACUCGGAGCUGCUGCACGACCGGAACCUGUCGGAGUUGACUCAUCUGGACCUCCCGUCUGAGGACUCCAUGUUUGUCCAUCCGUCUCAUGUGGAGCAGGAGAGUCAGUCAACUUCCCUCCUCUCUCAGUCAAUGCUGAGCAGCCAGGACUUUGAGGAAAAGAGGAUCACCAAGAGAGCACAGAAGCUCCUUUACGCCCUCAAAAGUCAGAGCGGCAGUGACCCCACCUUCAGCCUGAGGUCCCUCUGUGAAGGAAGCACCCGUGCUCAGGCUGCAGCCAUCUUCUUCUCCUUCUUAGUCCUGAGAAAGCAGCACGCCCUCCACCUGCACCAGAGCGCCCCAUAUAAGGACGUCCUCGCCACGCCUGGACCCACAUAUCACAGUCUGUGAAAUUCUCCUUAAAAGUCCCCAUAGAUGUCUGUUAAUGACAUGAGUUUGUUACAAAAACCUCUUUACCAACACUUCUGAUGUAUUUCUCAACUCAGAAUAUUUUAGAAAGCUAAAAAAUGUUAUUUAUUUUUUUAAUUGUGUUUGAAAGCGUCCAGCAGCUGUUCAUCUCUGCAUGUUCAGUGAAUGUUUUGAACCGUUUCAGUCCCUGCGUUUCCUGUCCGCUUCACUUCAAAGAUGAAGUCAAAAUUUAUUACAAGAAAGCUUUUCAGAACCGCACUAGUUUAAAGCAAAAACUCACAUAAAUUGUAAAUAUUUCUUAUAUUCAAUAUAGCAUAUCCAUGCUGUUAUAUAAAUGUUUAUGUUUAUAUAAAUAAAUAAAAAUUGUCCUAAUUGUGUGAA